AUGGCGAAAGGCACACGUUCGCUGGCUGAUCAGCUGGCUGAUUUUGAGGAUCCCACACCCAAGGAUUUCGAUCCCGAGGAUAUCGAGAAUGGUGUCCAGUCAAGCGAUGAUGAAGAUGCCGAGAAGCCUGAUGAGAACGCCGGACGAGAGCAUUAUCAAGCUGUGGGCAAAGGAAAGCUCCGCAAGGAAGACCCCGUCGCCCUAGGAAAACAAUAUGAAGGCGCCCGUGUCAGCAGAGAUGCUCUCGGCGCAGACAGCGAUGACGAUCCUUUCGCGGCUCGCUCUGACGAUGACUCCGGCUCCGAGGAGAGCGGAUCUGAGCAAGGUUCAGAUCUCGGCUCCGAAGUGGAUUCUGAAGCAGACGACGACGAGGAGGAUGAAUUGGAUCAGGAGGAUUCGGACGAAGAAGAAGACGAUGAUGAGAGCGAGGAAUCCGAAGAGGAAGCGCCCCGCCCCAAGAAGUCCAGCAAGAGCAAGAAGACUUCCGAAAUAACUGCCCCAGCCUCAGGCGAUCGCGAUGAACUCCGCAGAUUGAUGGCGACAGAUCAGAAGUCCAUUGCCGCGACAAUUUCUUCGGCGGCCAAGGCUGAUGCCACCAAGGGCAAGGCUGUCAAGGAGCAGCGCGCCACCUUCGAUGCCCUGCUGAACUCCCGUAUCAAGCUCCAGAGUGGAUUGACGGCUGUGAACAGCAUCGCUCUCUUGGGAUCUAACGAAAAUGGAGACAACGCUGACGGCGACGAUGAAAUGGUUGACGAGGAAGCGAUCAAGUCAGCAGAAUCAGCAGCCCUCGCAUUAUGGUCGACCCUCGAAGGUCUACGAUCCGCACUCGCCGAUGCCAACUCAAAAGACGAUAGCAAGAAGCGCAAGAGACCAUCCGCCGCAUCUCCCACCACUACCACCGCCUCGCUCUGGGAGCGCAUGUCCGAAUUGGAAUCCGAAUCCCUCUCCCACCGCCGCUCCAUUCUCGACAAAUGGUCCUCCAAGGUCCGCGGCACAUCCGCAGCUGGCAAUGCCCGUGGCAAGCUUCUUAGCGCUGCAGGCCGCCAGCAAACCAUCACAGCCGUCCUCGAUGCCCAAGUCGCCACAGAGAUCGGCGAACGAACCUCCAAGCGCGCUCGCUCUUCCGACGAGCCAGAGCCCCUCUACGACGAUGGCGCUUUCUAUCAGUCCCUUCUGCGCGACCUCGUUGAGCAGCGGAUGUCUUCCUCUGAGGCUAUGACCAAUGGUCUCGACUUGCACCAUUUGCCCUCCCGUCUGCCCAUUCACCCUAUCACCGGUAUGCGCAACGACAAGGUCAAGCGAGAUGUCGAUACCCGCGCCUCCAAGGGCCGUAAGAUGCGCUACACCGUGCAUGAGAAGCUGCAGAACUUCAUGGCUCCUGAUGACCGGGCGUCGUGGACUAUACGCGCGCGCGAUGAGUUCUUCGCUUCUCUGCUUGGUCGGACGGCGAGUGGUGUUCUUGGUGAGGGCGAUGAGAGUGGCAGCGAUGCGGAGGAUGAUGAUCGCGAGGAAGGUGGUUUGCGACUGUUCCGAAGCUAG